GAGCGCCCAGCCGGGCUCAAGUCCACCCGCGCCCCGCGCGCGGCCCGUCGGCCCACGGAGCUGGCGGCGCGACCAGACCGGACCGAUGUGGCGCAUGCGUGGUUGCGCCACCCGGCGCGGGAGCUGCGGCGGGGAAGGCGGUGGGAGCCGCGGAGACUCGGGCCGUCUGGGCCGGGCCCGUGAGGGCGGCGGUGGCGGCGUGGGUUGGCGAGGCCGCGCGGGCGGGGCCCGGCGACAGCUGGAAGAGCGCUUUGCCGACCUGGCGGCCAGCCACCUGGAGGCCCUGCGCGCGCGGGACGAGCGGGACCGGCAGAACGCGCGACUGCGCGAGGAGAACGCCCGCCUGAGGCUGGAGAACCGGCGGCUGAAGCGCGAGAACCGCAGCCUCUUCCGCCAGGCUCUGCGGCUGCCGGGUGACAGCGGCGAGCAGGAGGCCUCAGUCGAGACCCUCGGCCCGGACGAGCCUGCCAUCAACCGCAGGGCGAGAAGCGAAGGGCGUCAGGACGAGCCGGGCAGCCCUAGGGCGCUGCGGGCCCGCCUAGAGAAGCUGGAGGUCAUGUACCGCCGAGCGCUGCUGCAGCUGCACCUAGAGCAGCAGGGCGCGCGCCCGCCUGGAGCCAUCGAGGGGCCAUCGCUCCAAGAAACUGCCACCGGCCUCCGCGCCGGUGACCCGGACAUUCCGGGGCCCUGGCUGUAGCCAAAGGGCGCGGAGGGAGGUGGGGCUUGCGCACGCCCCGCCUCUAUAGUGCUCUGCGCUCCGCCCCUCUCAGCACGAAACUCCAGCCCCACCCAAGGGCACUUCCGGGCGCCAAAUCCGUUGGCCUGAUGGCUAAAGAGAAGCAAGAGUUUCCAAGUUCCCACUUGUGCAGAGCAACUGCCAAGAGUACCCUGCUGGUGUGUUGAGAGGGGCCUAGCAACUUUAAAGCAGCAAGACCUGGGUGCCAGGUCGCACCUCCUAAAUUCUUGAAGUUUUCAAAGUGUUGUGAGGACCAGUUUUUUUGCCCCCCUCUGUCUUUGAUUCUUUGAAGGAUGAAUAGUGUAUUUGAGUUGGUAAUGCCUGUUCAUUCUCCUAUCCACUAAACUCUCCGCUAUUAUACGACCCACCUUUUACGUGUGUUUUGUAAAUUGCUAUUAUUUGGAUAUCCCAUAAAGUACUACCUUUUUAUAAAGAAGAAAAUAUUUAUAAUUGUCCGUCAGUCCAAUCCACAUAUGUUUAAUAUAUUCUGGUGUGUUGGCCUCCAGAGAUUUUUUUUAGAAUAUCUUCUGACAGGUGAUAAUUUGAGUUGAUAAAUAAAAAUGGUGCAUUGAAAUUAAA